CUUCUCGGUCCCGAACUGCUGUCUUCCCAGCCGCCAACGGGCUGUCUGCUGCAUGGUCUGUCUCGGCCCCUCUCUGCUCCCGCUGGCGCUGCUCCCGGCAGCCGCAGCCGCCGGCAUCAAUGUUGCCAUCACCUCCCCCACGCCUGGCUCGCAAAUCACAAAGUCGGUCGUUCCUGUCUCGGUCUCAAUCACUCCCAACGGGCCCUUCAAUCGCGGCGACUGGUUCUCGGUCUAUGCCGUGGACAUCAACACCAACCAGCAAGUCUGGGUCGCCGGCAACUCUUGGGGAACGUCCGGUUCCCAGACCAGCAUGACCAUCCAGGCUCAGAUGCAGCUCGUCGACCCCGGUGCCAUCCAGAUCUACAUUUGCAGCAGCGAGGACUGCUCCACCGCCGUCGCCGCAUCGCCAGUGUUUUACUUUCAAACCACAGCGCCCGCCCCGUCAACACCACCACCACCACCAUCACCAUCACCACCAUCACCACCACCACCACCACCGCCGCCGCCGCCCCCUCCAAUGUCGACUGCUCCUCCUCCUUCGGCUUCAACCGUCCCGCCAGAGCCUCUGUCGACCAUGUCGGUGGGCGCCCCCUCCCAGAACAUUGUCAUUCAAUCUGAUUCUGGGCCCGAUCCAGUUGCCACCUCAACACCAAUCCUGCCUGUUGCGACAUCCCGGAACAAUCCCGUGGUCCCGACGUCUCUUCCCAACAACCAGCCGCCGAUUCCAUCUCGCCCGGAUGACCACGGGUCCGGAAGCGACAAGGAUUCAUCGAACCGAGCAUCCCAGCCUGGCUCGAGCAUGCUUUCUGUCUUGAUCGGUGUCGGCUGCUCGGCGUUUGUGGCCGUGGGAAUCGUGGCUUUCCUGGUGCUUCGCCGGCGACAUCAGAAGGCCACCGAGGACGCCCAGAUCAUCGACCGAGUCCACUCAUGGCGCACCAGCACCAGCAGCGAAGAGGCCUUUGCGGCGCCGUUUGGAAUCCGCAUCAUAGGCUCCCCCGAGGCCUCGCUGCAGGGCCGCGAGAGCGUUCUGAGCCACCGAACGGACUCGUCCAUGGCAACGCUGUGUCGGCCCCAGCCAGGUAUUCCCAGCGCCUCCAGAGGGAAUCCCGACACCCCAGCGACCCUGGCGUACUCGCCCGAGAUGAUCACCUCGCCGCUGCCGUCGCUUCGGCGCUACGACCCCUCGUUCCCCAUCCAGACAUCGUCGCCGACAUCCUCGUCUCCCGUGGAGCAAAGCUACUCGUACAACCUGUUCUAGUUCCAGCUGCACCGCCUUCGCCUUGGCCUCCAGCCCUGAAUCCCGAUUUUUUGCCAUGUUCUUCCGUGGCGCGCUCUGCCCCUGCAGUUCUGUCAAUCCCGUCUGUGCCUUUGCCGUGCCUGUCGUCUCAGCCAUCUCUGUCAUCCGCUGUAGUUGCGUUCUCCCUGUGCCUCUAUCCUCCUCUUUGUCUGUUAGAGUCUCACCAGUACUCACUCCCUAUCCAUUCUGUUUGGAAUCAAUAUCUCAUCCAAUACAUGUGUUUGUAUACCGUUC